AUGUUUAUCAUGCGAGGAUUAGGCCAGGCUUGGACCACUGCUGGAUUUGAAGAAAGCACUCUUUUACUAUGGGAAUACUUGCUUAAGACCGAUCCUAGUCCGGAUGUUUUCUUAUCUUUACUUAAAGCUUUAUUAAAUGCUGGUCAUUUGGCCGCAAUUUGUUGGUUAGUGCCUCGCUAUCCCGAAUACAUUGAGUAUGAAGAGGUCAAGAAGGUCUUUGCCUUUGCCAUUAGUAAAUCGGGAGUGGCAGCUCCUUCUGGAUUUGCCGUAUCUGGUAAACCUAUGCCGGCGAUAGAUCCGGUGGUUGUAGAGCCUUUGGCUAGUGCUUCUACUUGUGCAUUGUUCCAGAGCUUACUCCUGCGCGGGUCUGAGAAACGAGCGGAACUAGAAAGAGCUUUAGCAGCUGAUGAACGUAAUUUAGAAGCUUUGAUUAGUGCGUCUAUUCAUUAUACGAGUAAAACAGUUGAAGGAUUGUUAGGACGGGUAGGAGAUCGUAGGCUGGUGGCUUUGUAUAGAAACUUGUUGUUGGAUCGACCGGCAUCCUUUACUCUGUUCUCCCGCGGGUUCUUAGCUCCCUUUUCCAUUGCACUAGUGGCACGACGCUUGUUUAAUGCUCGUCGGGCGGCUGAACUCUACCAAGUGAGCCAGUAUGCAGCUGCUCUCUAUCCAGGACACCAUGAAGCGUAUACAACCGCUGGUAUGUACUACCUUCUGAACAACCGGCCUGCCGAUGCCAAACGAGCUUUAGUUCAGGCUUUACAAACUAGUGCCCAUUCCGGCCGGGCUUGGUUACUCUUAGGCCAAUGCGAGUCCGCUUUAUGUGAAUGUGCAGGAGCUAUUGGGUGCUAUGAGAAGGCGGAGGCCUUAAUGGAAGACUCUUUACCGGCUGCUUUAGGUAUUGGGCUGGAGUACCAUCGGAUGCGCAGCUACCAAAAAGCCGAGGAGAAGUACUUGAGUAUUCAGAAAACACAUUCACUUAGUGCGUGUUUAGAGCCAUACUUAUCUCUUCUAGUAGCGACUCGGCGGUACGAUGUAGCAUUGCAGUUGGCCGAAACUGCUGAAGCCGGGCCAGGCUUACUACUACGAUGUUGUUGCUUGCUCUUUGCUGGCCGGGCUAAAGAAGCAGCCCAGGCCUUAGACUUAGCUGGCGAAGCAGCAGUUAGUCCUGAAAGUCGUAGUCGAUACUUCUUAUUACGCGGGUACUUGCUGCACACAGCCCAUGAGUACUGUUCAGCCAUUGAGGCGUACCAAAAAGCUAUCCUAGGCCCAUCUAAAGCCGUCGGCACCUUGAUCAAUGAUUUACUAGAACUAGCGAUCAAAAACUCAUUGGAAGAAGAGGCAAGUGAUAUUGUGCAACAGUAUCGCGAAGAUCUUUUUGAUUUCCUCAACUUAAAAGGAGAUUUCACUCUUGUUCUUUAA